AUGAUUCACGAGCUGCUGCUGGCGCUGAGCGGGUACCCGGGAGCGGUCUUCACCUGGAGCAAGCGCGCUGGCCUGCAGGUGUCUCAGGAACUACCGUUCUUGCACCCUAGCGAGACCAGCGUCCUGAACCGGCUCUGCCGCCUCGGCACCGACUACAUCCGCUUCACCGAAUUUGUGGAGCAGUACACGGGACAUGUACAGCAGCAGGAGCACCACCCAUCUCAGCAAAACCAGAGUGGAUUACAUGGCAUUUAUUUGCGAGCCUUCUGCACAGGUCUUGAUUCAGUGCUGCAGCCAUAUCGACAGGCACUACUUGACCUAGAACAAGAGUUUCUGGCUGACCCACAUCUUUCAAUCUCACAUGUUAAUUAUUCCUUGGACCAGUUUCAUUUACUCUUCCCAUCUGUGAUGGUCAUGGUGGAACAGAUCAAGACUCAGAAGAUUCAUGGAUGUCAGAUACUGGAAACAGUCCACAAACAUAGCUGUGGGGGGUUGCCUCCUGUUCGCAGUGCUCUUGAAAAGAUUCUGGCUGUGUGUCAUGGAGUCAUGUAUAAGCAGCUCUCUGCCUGGAUGCUGCAUGGAUUGCUACUAGAUCAACAUGAAGAAUUCUUUAUCAAACAAGGCCCCUCUUCUGGGAAUGUCCCUAGCCAACCUGAAGAAGAUGAUGAUGACCUAGGAAUUGGAGGACUUACAGGAAAACAGCUACGAGAACUGCAGGACCUGCGCCUGAUUGAGGAGGAGAACAUGUUGGCUCCAUCACUCAAACAGUUUUCUCUGCGAGUGGAAAUGCUGCCUUCGUACAUCCCUGUGCGGGUUGCUGAGAAAAUCCUCUUUGUGGGAGAAUCUGUGCAGAUGUUUGAGAAUCAAAAUGUUAACCUAACCAGAAAAGGUUCCAUCUUAAAAAACCAGGAGGACACUUUUGCAGCAGAGCUACAUCGACUCAAGCAGCAACCACUCUUUAGUUUAGUGGACUUUGAGUCAGUGGUUGACUGGAUACGGAGCACUGUUGCUGAGCAUCUUUGGAAACUGAUGGUGGAAGAAUCAGAUUUAUUAGGACAGUUGAAGAUUAUAAAAGACUUCUACCUUUUGGGAAGAGGUGAGCUGUUUCAAGCCUUCAUUGACACUGCGCAGCACAUGCUAAAAACACCACCCACAGCUGUAACUGAACAUGAUGUCAACGUUGCCUUUCGGCAGUCUGCUCAUAAAGUGCUGUUGGAUGAUGACAACCUUCUUCCUCUGCUUCAUUUAACCAUUGAGUAUCAUGGCAAGGAGCAUAAAGAUGCUUCUCAGACUCGUGAAGGACCUUCCCGGGAGUUAUCUCCACGUGAAGCCCCCACAUCUGGAUGGGCAGCUCUGGGCCUUUCUUACAAAGUUCAGUGGCCACUGCACAUUCUCUUUACUCCUGCUGUUCUGGAGAAGUACAAUGUUGUGUUCAAAUACCUGCUAAGUGUACGACGAGUCCAGGCUGAGCUGCAGCACUGCUGGGCUCUCCAGAUGCAGCGCAAGCACCUGAAAUCUAACAGAACUGAUGCCAUCAAGUGGCGUCUGAGGGACCACAUGGCUUUCCUUGUGGACAACCUUCAGUAUUAUCUGCAGGUGGAUGUACUGGAGUCUCAGUUCUCACAGCUUCUGCAGCAGAUCAAUGCCACGCGAGACUUUGAGAGCAUACGCCUGGCUCAUGAUCAUUUCUUAAGUAAUCUGCUGGCUCAGUCUUUCAUCCUCCUAAAACCUGUUUUCCACUGCUUAAAUGAAAUUCUGGAUCUUUGUCAUAGUUUUUGUUCUCUGGUCAGUCAGAAUCUGGGCCCAUUAGAUGAACGGGGAGCUGCACAGCUCAGUAUUUUGGUGAAGGGAUUCAGUCGUCAGUCAUCACUUCUCUUCAUGAUUCUCUCCAGCGUUCGCAACCAUCAGAUAAACUCUGACUUGGCUCAACUGCUGCUGCGCUUGGAUUAUAACAAAUACUACACUCAGGCUGGAGGAACCUUGGGCAGUUUUGGUGUUUAAGCACUAAGGCCUUUCCUUGGUUGUGACCAACGACAUGUCAGAGCAGUGGACACUGGUGCUCCUGGAGAGUUUGUGCUCAACAGAAUUUUUCC